ACUGUUAAUACAUCCACCAUAGAAUCAUCUUCUCUCCAUCUGCUCCCGCUCCCACCUUCCUCUCGCGUGGGGAAGCGAACGGUCUGUUCAGCAUAACCCACAACGCCAAUCCCGGACAGCUCAGCUUCGGGAAGAAGCGAGGUAUUCAACACGCUUCUCAUCCCCGCCUUCUAUGCGAAGUCGCCGCUUUCAAAUGAACCAGGAAGGCUGCCCACAAAGCUACCCGAUGUACAUGGGUCUCCGGUUCGGACAGUGCCAUGACCCGUAUAACCGAGCCUCUCCACUAGAAGAGUAUACCCGAGGCUAUCGACUUCCAGCUUGUCUCACAGUGAGACAUAUUUUUGAGAAUUAUUUCGAGUAUAACGAUAUUUGCAGACAUAAGCAGAGGAUAAAAAAAGAUUUCAAGGCGUGGACCUUGCAUUUGGCCUCGUUCUUACCCAUCUCCCAAGUUCGCAGACAUGCCGACGAGAACAAUGUCGCAAUCGACCUAGUCGACCGAUGCGGAUCGAACAAGAGCGCCGUUCGAUGCCCGGUGACUGGAUCCAGAUGUGUCGUGCAAUCAAGUUGUAAAAUGAGAAUAAUAUCCGAAUCAAACGUAAUCCAGAAUUUUGUGAUACGGGAAACAAAAUUGACCGGCUUCCUCGACAGUGAGGAAUCCUCAUCCGUAGUAUAUGUUCGCAAUCCGACACCCGCUAACCUCCACAGAAAAGUAAGGAUGGUAGGAGUCGCCCCAUCACGGAGUAAAUUGCGAUUUUGAUUUCAGCACAUCUUCGGCACAACCGACAGUCAUUGAAAAGACCGAAUUGCAAUUUG